AUGUGGGAAAAGCUAAGUCAUCUUCUCCGGCGAAAAACUGAUCGUUUCUCUUAUCGGGACCUUCUCCAAAUCCACGCCCAACUCAUCACCACUGGCUUCCAUGUGUACCGGUCAUGGCUUCUCGCGUUCUUGGAACUAUGUGCAUCAAAUCCUUCAGCAUUGGAUCAUGCAACUGCUCUUCUGCGCCACAUAAAACACCCUGAUGUUUCCCUGUGGCGUGUUAUGAUCCGGCGAUAUGCUUCGGAUGUCAACCCACACCACUCUCUCUCCUUCUUCAGAGACAUGCUUCGGAUUAAAGGGGAUGCCCAUCUCGAUCCAUUCAUCUGUGCUUCAGUGAUCAAAGCUUGUGGAAAAGUAGCAGCAAUUCGAGAAGGAAAAUCGGUUCAUUGUCAAGUUCUUAGGAUUGGACUGGAUUCUAAUGUCAACAUACUGAACACUCUCAUUCAUUUCUAUUCAAAUACAGCAAACUCUAUUAGCAGAUGCUAUACCCUAUUUGAUAGGAUGCCUCAGAGAACCAUCGUGACAGUCAACUGCAUGAUUUCUGGGUGCAUGAAAAACGAGCUCUUCGAAGUGGGUUUGAGAUUAUUUAAUCAAGUCCAGGGCGGUUCCUUUGAAUUGGGAAUGAAGCCGAAUGAUGUUACGUUGGUGAUUUUGCUAUCUGCCUGUGCUGAAUUUGGUGAUUUGGGCAUUGGAAAAUCCCUCCAUUCGUACUGCUGCAAGGCAAACCUCUGUUUGGAAAUCUCAACCUGUAAUGCACUGAUUAAUCUAUAUUCCAAAUUUGGUUUCAUGGAGGAGGCUACAAGGCUGUUCGGGGAAAUGCCCCAGAGAGAUUUGAUCUCAUGGAAUACCAUAAUCAAAGGGUAUGCCGAGAAUAACGAUUGUAGAAAAGCAUUAGCAUUGUUUAGGGAGAUGAGAGGUGGAGACCUUGAAGGUGAUGGUAUAACUCUGAUUAGCUUGCUUUCUGGUUGCGCUCAGAGUAGAGAUCUUGACAUGGGUAAGUGGGUGCAUGCUUAUCUGAAGAUACGUGGACUGGCUAUCACCAUUCCUGUUGGGACUGCUCUGAUUAACAUGUACUCAAAGUGUGGUUUGAUAGAUUUUGCUAGAAGAGUUUUUGACGAGUUAUCACAUAAAAACAUUGUAUCAUGGAAUUCAAUGAUACAUGGUUAUGUGGAAUGCGGGCUUUUUAAAGAGGCUUUCGGGCUUUUUGAUCUGAUGCGAUGCCAAGGGCUGAAACCGGAUGAAAUAACAAUGCUAGCUCUGGUAUUGGCUUGUCGGAAUUCUGGACAACUGAAUCAUGGCAUUCAAAUCCAUUCUUACAUAGAGAAUAGUGGACUUAAUGGGAAACCCCUUCUGGAUAAUGCUCUUAUAGACAUGUAUGCGAAAUGUGGGAGCAUGAACAGAGCUAAAAGAGUCUUUGAUAAGAUGAAGAUGCUUCAAAGGGAUGUAUUCUCAUGGACAUCGAUCAUUGUGGGACAUGCCAUUAAUGGUCAAGGAGAAGAAGCUCUUAAUGCUUUCCAGCAAAUGCGUGCGGCAAACAUUAAUCCAAAUGCUGUCACGUUCAUUGGAGUAUUGUUAGCAUGUGAUCAUGCUGGCUUGGUGGAGGAUGGGUUUCACUUGUACCAGAGUAUGCUUAAAGUGCAUAAAAUUGAGCCCAGCAUAGAGCACUAUGGGUGCAUGAUCGAUAUGCUGGCAAGAGCCGGCUUGCUGGAGGGGGCACAUGAGUUUGUUAAGAACAUGCCAAUCGAACCAAAUGCAGUUGUGUGGAGGAUGUUAAUUAGUGCUUGCAGGAUUCAUGGGGAGGUUGAUCUUGGAUUGAGCUUGGUGGAUGGGCUGUUAGAGACGAAGAAGUUGCGAGGUACUGAAGAGUAUGUAAUUUCUUCUAAUGUUCUUGCUGAAGCAGGCAGGUGGGAUGAUGUUCUACGUGCUAGAAGGUUGAUGCUAGCACAACAAGUCAUGAAAAAACCGGGAAGAAGUUCAAUUUCAGCUGUGACAGAGUGA